AUGAUUUCCAGACGAGGCCUAGCGCUCCUCGCAGCGCGCCGCCCACUAUUCUCAGCGUCAGCGUCGCCAUGCCCAUCGCCCGCUACCUUGGGCCUGACAGCAGCCUCACUCCUCCGUUCCCGCAAUGAUAAUGCCAUUCUCUCUCGAAUUGGAAUCUCUGGUCGUGCUUGGGAGAGCACAACGCCACUCGACCCCUCGGCCGCUCCCCCGGCCACUCCCCCGGCCACUCCCCCGCUUUCACCAGAGGCUGACGGCGACAAGAGCGGGCACAUUGCAGUCUCUACCAACGAGUCCAUCUUAUUCUUUGACAAUAUUUUCCCACUCAAGCUCAGCAGCGCUCUGUUUUGGCCAUGGAGGACAGACCAUGACGUCUCCGACCUGCUGAAGCGCUUCGAUAGCUCCUCCUUCGGCAUUAUGGACCCCAUUCGUCUUGUCAAGACGGCAAUUCCAGAAGAUCUACCAAUCAAAGUGACUGAAAUCCUACCGCGUCUCAAAGACGGCGGCGCCUAUGUCAAGUUCAGUCACGACGCAAACAUCGACCCUGCGGAAAUCGAGGCGUCUUUGAAGAAAAGACUGGCAGAUCGACCUAUCAAACCAUGGUUCAGCCUCUGGCGUGGGGUCACGGCCCGCCUAGUCCAAGGCACUCCAUGGCUCGAGGAUCUUUACCGUUAUCCCACCAGCCUCCUCAAGAUCGAGUUCGUGCCCCCCAGUUCCGGAGUUAGUCCCGAGGAGCUCCCCGAAGAGGCUCUUUACACGCUGUUCCGCAAGUACGGCAAGAUCGCCGAUAUCAUACCACAGCCCACCGACUCCAAGGUCAUUCCGCGGUACGCCCAGGUCGGGUUCCCCUUGAUAAGGGACUCCAUCAUGGCUCGCAACUGUAUGCACGGGUUUGUUGUCAGCGAGGCCCUUGGGGGCGGCCAGAAAGGAACUAAACUCAGGUUGUCUUACGAAAAGCGAGUCAAACCCCACAGCAUCUGGAACUGGCUGACCAACCAUUCUCGAAUCGUCAUACCCGUCGUGGCUGCUCUGCUCGCUGGUCUCUCAGUGGUCAUAUUCGACCCUAUUCGCGAGUUCUUCAUCAAGCUCCAUGUUCAGCACUCUCUUGAUUUUAAGGAUUCAAAGUUAUAUAAGUGGUUCAAGAAGCAGACCGGCCACUUCUCUCUUGGGAACAAGAAGGACCACAGCGAUGGUCUCGGCACUGUAUGGAAACACCGACGUGAGGUCAUCGACCAGGUUCACUCUUGGCUCGACGAGACGUCCGAUACCUUUAUUGUCGUCACAGGUCCCAAGGGCUCCGGGAAAGUGGAAAUGAUCAUGGACCAGUCACUGGAGGGACGUAAGAAUGUUCUCAAGAUAGACUGCCGGCCCAUUGUCGAUGCCAGAGGGGAAGCCGGCACCAUCAAGAGACUUGCCGCUGCUGUCGGAUACCGCCCUGUCUUCUCCUGGGCUAACAGCAUGAGUAGCAUGGUUGACCUCGCUGUCCAGAGUACCACGGGUGUCAAGGUUGGCUUCUCGGAAACACUCGAGUCGCAGCUCACCAAGAUCCUGCACACCACCACAUCUGCCCUCAUGCGAGUCGCCGUCUCCGGGCGAACAAAGAAGGACAGCGAUGCCAAUCUGGCUGAUGACUCCUAUCUAGAGGCGCACCCCGAGCGCAGACCUGUUGUCGUGAUUGACAACUUCCUCCAUAAGCAUGAAGAGAACAGCAUCGUCUAUGAGAAGAUUGCGGAGUGGGCCGCGUCCGCUGUCCAGAACAAUGUCGCCCAUGUCAUCUUCCUCACCACAGACUCUGCCUACUCUAAACCUCUGGCCAAGGCCCUCCCCGACCGCCUCUUCCGCACUGUCUCUCUUGGUGACCUCGCGCCUGAUGUAGCCAAGAACUUUGUCCUCGGCCGCCUCAAGGACCAGAUCGCAGAUGAGGAGAACAAGUCGGAUACUGAUGAAACCAAGCAACAGCUAAUGCGACGCCCUGACAUGGCGCAGCUGGAUGCGUGCAUAACCACUCUUGGCGGCCGGCUCACUGACCUCGAGUUCCUCGCCCGCCGCCUCCGGACUGGUCAGACACCUAAGCAAGCCAUUGAUGAGAUUGUCGACGAGACAGCCACCGAUGUUGUUCGCAUGUUCCUUCUUGGAAAGGGCACGGACGUUGAGAACAAGAAGUGGUCCUCCCAGCAGGCUUGGCACCUCAUCAAGUCGCUUGCCGAGACUCCAUCCCUGCGGUACAACCAGGUCCUCCUGUCCGGGCCGUUCUCUGCCUCCACCUCCACGGUGGACGCUGAGGCGGCUCUUGACAGCCUCGCCAGUGCUGAACUCAUCACCGUCCGCACCAAGCAAGGCCGACCCGAGCUCAUCACCCCCGGCAAACCCCUACACCAUGCGGCCUUCGCUGUAUUGUUGCGUGACCGCGUACUCCGCGCCAGGAUGGAUCUCGAUAUCAUCACCGAUGUGUCCAAGGCCGAGGCUCGCUCUAUUGACAAGAUCGAGACUGAGCUCGCCCUGCUUGGAUCCUUGCCGCGUCAGACGGGCGAGACGGCUGGUCGAAUCAGCUAUCUCUUAGGUAAACUCCAGGCUAGCCAGGUGAAGAUUUCCAAGUGGGACCAGGAGACGGCCCAACUGAAGAAAAUUUUGAAUGAGGAGUACUAG